UGUGGUUAUCAUUCUGUGGUUGACAUAGUUAUGGAGCGGUUGGAAGAGUAAAGGAAGGUUUUUUAAUACUGUCUAUGAAUACAGUAGCAGAAACUAGGUCUGGAGGCAAUUUAAUACGGUAAACAUAACGUCGUAAGAGAAGUCUCACUGUGAGUAAAAUUUAUUUCUCAAGGGAUUAAAUUGUAUGUGGGUGGAGGAGAAAUCUGACCCAUACCAAAUAAGGAAAAGUCUGUAUACCGUGAAGAAAGUGCACCUUCGGAGAAAAUAAGAUUCCAGGCAGAAAUGUCAGACAGUGACAAAGAUCAAAAUAUUAAAGCAGAAUUAAAGAAAAGGUUAACACCAGUGCAGUACCAUGUCACUCAAGAAAAAGGCACAGAGAGGGCAUUUACUGGAAAAUACUACAAAACGACAGAUGCGGGAACAUAUACAUGUGUGGUGUGUGGAGAUGAACUGUUCUCAUCAGAAACAAAGUUUGACUCGGGCUGUGGUUGGCCAGCCUUCAAUGACGUACUGGACCAAGGCAAGGUGAAAUUAACAAAGGAUACAUCUCAUGUUGGAGGCAACCUUCUGUUAUUAAUCGCAAACCCAGGAAUGAUCCGGACAGAAGUGACUUGCGCAAAUUGUGGUGCUCAUCUCGGUCAUGUGUUCAAUGAUGGUCCGAAACCUACACGGAGGAGAUUCUGCAUAAACAGUGCGUCGCUCAGUUUUCAUCCAGCAGAUGGAAGCUCGAAUUCAGGAGGAGAUGCAACUAUGAAUGGUCAGUAGCAAAUGUUGUUGUACUAGUAUCAGCAAUUGAAUUGUUUAUUGUACUGGUGUGAACAUCUUUAGGUAUUAAAUUGAAUCAUGAAUA